AUCACAUCAAAAUAUCACACACCAUUCCAUCCUUAUCACAGCCUGACCCCUCGGCUUCAUGUGAACCGUGCCGAAGUUUUAAGACUCCGAUAAAUACGUGGUAUAAAAUUAUUCAGACAUCGACCUACCAUCAACAAACAGACCAAAAUCCCAGCCAUGCCGAGACCCAAACGAGCGCGUCGCGCGCCGCCCGCGCCCGUCACCGUCGCCGUCGCACCCGAGGCGAAGUCAAGCCCCGCGCCCGCCUCGGGCAGCGAUAUUUACAGCCAUAGCGAUCGCGAGCACUCGGUCAUCCGGAAGGAGCUCGAACAGGAGGACGGAGGCGAGCCGUCUCGCCUAACGGGGGGCAGGUCCACGCGUCUGAGCAGGGGCGCCAGUUUGCGUCAGAGGCAGGCGCUGGAGAAGUCGGUCCGCGCGCGGGACGAGGCCAUGGACAGGUUGGAGGAUGAGCUCGACACGACGUCUUCUAAGGCAAAGACGUCGAGCGAUCAGCAUCAAAAGUCCGACUCUCCGGUCGAGUUGGAGCUGGGCAGGAAGACGCGCGCGACGCCGGUUCAGCAUCGGAGGGACACGACGGGGCUGGACCUGGACGACGACAUGUUUGAGGGGCUCGACACCACGCUUGGCGAAGACGACAAUGUCGAUGACGCUGCACCGCCGAGUGCGCCGCGAUCGGAUACCUCGACUUUCAGUGUUAGCCACUUUAGGCGCCGUGGCCGCGCACCGAGUAUUAGUAUCAACAAAGAUGACGCGCCUAUCCGGCCGAGCAGUCGCGGAGUCGGCAGCACCCCUGGCAUCAGUUCGACUUUCAACAUUGGAAUGUUCAAACGCCGGCGGAGGGAACCGAGUAUCUUGGGCACGGCGCAGAAGGAGCGUACGCAGCGGCCGAUUGAGUUAUCAUCUGGAUCCGAGUCGGAUGAUGAAGAGGGCGACGAUUUCGAACCUGAGGCCGAGUCGACGCCGCUGCAGAACAAGCGCAAAUCACAACCUCUCCGAGCGACGACGGAGCCCGAGUCUGAGUCGCAGCAGGUCCUCGCGCCGGAUUCACAACCUGUCCAGAAGGAGGCGGAGCUCAGUUCCAGCACCGCGUCACGCAAGCGCAAGAGUAUAGAGAGCCGCGAGGAGGCGGACCGCCCAGUGAAAACACCUCGGACCGAGCCUGAGGCUGAGUCUGUGCCUGGUCUGGGAGAUGACGACAGCGAUUCAGAGCUCUCUGAACUGCCCUCGCCCGUUCUCACACCUACGCGGCCGUCCGCUUUCCCUCGCCCAGUAACCCCGAACAGGGAUGAGAUCAUGGCACCUCCGGAGAGCAGCGACUCGGAAAAUAGCGACGAGGCAUGGCCCGACAUCCACACACUCACCAAGCAACGCCGCCGCCGCGCCUCGCCGGCUACGCCGACGCGGGACGGCAAUGUCUCCGACGCCUCGUCACCACCUUCUCUCACGCAUUCCCCCAACUUCCCGGCGACGAGGAACAAGUCCCGGCAGAAGAAGCAGGCCAAGUCGCCCAAGGUCACCACGGCGGAUCUCACCGGGCUGUUGCCCCGCAGACGCCACAAGAAGGCUCGAGACCCUUACAGCGCGGACGACACAGAGGAGGAGGAUGAUAUCGACGCCUCGAACAUCCCCGAGCACGACGACGAGCUCUCGUAUGCCGGCACGCGCACCCGCUCCCGACGCACGAAGAUCACGCCUCUUGACAGUGCCACGGCGAAUCGGCCGGCCUCCCGUGGUGGCAAGACGACUGCGGCGGCUGAAAAGUCCAAGGCGGCGAGGCGUUCUUCCACACGCACUUACAGCCGUCGUCUGUCAGACAAGGAAAAUGAAGGCGCAGUCGAGGACGAGACCGAGGCGGAAGGCGAGGCGGAGGCCGGGGCCGAUGGCGACAGUUUCGCUCCCAUCCAAGACGACGCCCUUGAGAGCCAGGAGAGCAGCGACCCCGCCCGCAGCGCUGACGAGCUGAAGAAGGCGGCGCGCAAAUUCAAGGAGGUUGAUCGCUGGGAGCUUGAGUUUGAGGAGAUGACGGAAGCCUCGUCACCGAACCGGGAUGCGCGGUGAG